AUGCGUGUCGCCGUAGCUUUUGUCGCCUUGGCUGUUGCCUCUGCGCAGGCUCAGGCCAGCUACAAUUAUACCAGCGAGCUUGACAUGACCAUCGACCCCAACACAGUCAGUCAAACUCAACGGGCUACUUGGUGCCAGGGCCAGACCAACACCUGCAACCUUCUCUGCAAUGCCAAUUCCGAGAGCAACAGCUGUUCAGAGACGGAUCUCAAAUGGAAAUGCACUUGCGCCUCCAACUCGUCCACUCCUGGCAUCCAGUACUACAAGCAGACCAUGCCCUUCUACAUUUGCCAGACCCUCUUCAGCCAGUGCAUCCAGAAAAAUGCCGGUGACCAGCGUGGCCAGGACACCUGCACCAAGAACAUCCAAGCCCUCUGCGCCACCUACGACCCUCCUAAGGCGCCGGUCCAGGACAGCGGGAGCAACAGUCCUUCGCCGACUAAUGGCGGCAGCAGCACUGCCGCGCCUACCGCCAGCAGUACCGGUGACAGCAAGGUGACCUCGACCAGCUCUCACGGUCUUGCGGGCCCUACUUUGGCACCGGUUGGCAAUGGCGCCUUGGUCGCUGCCGUGGGCCUCGUGGCCUACCUGCUCUGA